AUGGCUGACAAGGCGAAGAAAUUGGUCAAAAAGGCUUCACAGCAGAUGAAUCCUGUUGAGAAGUUCCAAUGCCUCACAGACGAUAGAACAUCAAGUGAUGGUGAAGAAAUUACAUUCAAAUACGCAUGGGCCACUCAUCUCACCGAUGAGGAAUUCGACUGGGUUUUUAGCUUGUUUAAACAAAACAUGUUUACCAUGUGAGUUAGAAUUCAGACCUUCAUACAGUAAAUUCACCGAAUAAAUUAAGGUAUCAAAUGUCUCAAUGGGGUUGGGAUGCGGAUUCAAAGAAGAAUGAGUUGCGCGCCACAACAGCACGAUAUAUCAUUGCGCUCAACUCGAAAGGGGAAAAAAUAGGGUAUACUCAUUACCGAUUUGUUCUCGAUCACGGAAUCCCAGCUUUGUAUUGGUUGGUAAAAAUAUUUCUUCCUGUUUGUCAAAGACAAGAUUUUUUACAGCUACGAGAUUCAAGUUAUCGAAGAUUAUCAAAAGAAAGGAGUUGGUAGUAUGUUGAUGAGAACUCUCGAAUCAUUGGCCGAAAAAACAUUCAUGGAAAAAGUUUUGGCUACAGUUUUUGCGUACAAUGAGAAAUCGCUCGCUUUUUUCCACAAAAACGAUUAUACAAGUGAUGUUACAUGUCCUGAUGAGGAUCAAGGACUCGAUUAUCUGAUUCUUUCGAAAGGAGUUCAAAUUUAA